AAACGUAUAUGCAUGGUUUGUUGACAUGCGCGCGACCUGCAAACUGCUAUCAUCACAAGAAACUCAUGCUGGUCAGUCUCUCACUCAAGAUUAUGUCUUUUAGCUCAUGCAUUCCCAAAUUCUCGGUUUUGUUCGAAUAUCUUUUCCCCCACUCGUACACCCCUCAGCAUCGUGCAGUCGGACGCGUUUGACGCGGAAACUCACACUUUACUCGCAAUACAACACGAUGCCUAAAAAGGACAAGACGAGCAAAAGCAACCCCAAACCACCAGAGACACCUCCAGGCCCCGUAACUAAAGUUAAAGACGGGACAAUUACAAUAGCAAUACAUGCUAAACCCGGGGCCAAACAAAACGCAAUCACAGAUGUGUCCGAGGAGGCGGUGGGUGUCGCCAUUGCUGCUCCUCCGACAGACGGAGAGGCCAACGCGGAACUGGUGCGAUAUUUAUCCAAAGUCCUGGAGCUGAAGAAGAGUCAAGUAUCAUUAGAUAAGGGCUCCAAAUCCAGAGAAAAGGUUAUCAAGGUGACUGCAGCUGUCAGCCAGGAGGAAAUCCUGAAGAAACUGAGGACAGAGGCUAGUGGCUGACAUACUGAAAUGGAUUGUUUGCUUUAAAGGGAUAGUUCACCCAAAAAUGAAAAUUCUGUCAUCAUUUACU